AUGGCGGUCCAGGGUUCUUCGCUCUUUUCGCAGCUUCUCCAGGUCGGUUCGAAAGCGGGUGACACUUUCACCGCGGAGUGGAACGGCCGGCCCUUCGAGGUGAAAGUGCCACUGGGCAGUGGAGCUGGCUCCCUGAUUACGGUGCAGGUUCCACUAGAGCCUGAUGUGGAGGACUUUGAGAUCACGGCAUCUACGGGCACAUCCUUGGGUCAGGACGAGGCGCUCGAGUCCCCCAAGGCCUCCAAGCCCAUGGAGCCGGCGGAGCCCAUUCUGGAGGAGCCUGCAAGUUCGUCCUUGACCGUGGACCGAUCCGAGGCGGUGACAGAGCCAACCACAGAGCCUGUCGCAGAGCCCGUGGCCGAGUCCGCGGUGGAGCCGCCUGUGGAGCCGCCUGCGGAGACGGUGGCGGAGCCGGUGGCGGAGCCGGUGGCGGAGCCGGUGGCGGAGCCGGUGGCGGAGCCGGUUGCAGCAGCCAGUGCUCCGGAGCAGGUGCCCCUGGAGCCGAGACCGGAGCGCGAGAUGAAGCAGUUGCAGCUGCCCGUGGAGGCCGAGGAGGUCUCCCCCGGCUCGCCACUGAAGCGGCCAGCCACGAACCGGAGCGUCACCACAAACAGGAGUCUCCCUGGACCUCCGACGGAAACAGCUCCGUCGAACACGGUCAAGAGGCGAGACUGGGCCGACGAGGAGAUGGCAGCGGCCAAGUGGCUUCUGGAAGCACAGGCUGUGCUUAUUUGCUGCGGUUCGGGGAGCGAGGCGGCACCAUUCUACGAAGGAGGGCAGGUGUAUUCCAACGAGGAUCAUUUCAAGGCCCACUACCCGAGCAUGCAGCAGAAGGGCUUCAAGACUGCGGCCGACUGCAUCAAUCUGGUGGACAGCCGGCUCUCCUCACAGGAGAAGUGGGCCUUCUGGGCCGAGCACAUGCAGAAGAGCCGGCAGCUGCCGCUCGAUGAAGCCACGGUGGAGAGGCUUGGCGUUGCAGUUGGCGAGAAGGAUUACUUCGUGUAUACCUGCAACGCCGAUUCCUACUUUGAGCGAGCUGGAUUCGACAAGCGCCGGAUCUACACUCCAGCAGGCAGUUGGAGGUACUACCAGUGCGCCCGUCCCUGCUCCAACGCCGCCGUUUUCGAGGCCACUGAGAGCUGGCUGACGGAGAACGGGAACGGCCGGAAGGCGCCCUCCUGUCCGAACUGCGGUGGGGAGUGCAUCCCCAACGUGAGAAUAAGCGAGGGCUUCUGCCAUGACCAGUAUUCCCGGGGGCUGAAGGACCUUAUUCAGUGGGUCCAAAGAUGUGCUGAGUCCCAAGUCAAGCUGGUUGUUCUGGAGCUGGACUCAUCGUUCAAGACGAACAGGCUAGCCUCCUUUCCCAUGGAGUCGAUUGCAGCAGACAUCCCCGGCUCGUCGCUGAUACGCUUCAGCCCAGAAAAGUAUCCCUUCGUGCCGGCGGUGCUCCAGCGAGCGGUCGGCUUGCCAACGGACACCUUCACAGAGCUCCCUGAGCUUUUGGAGAAGAUGCUCAGCGCGGACGGCCGCCAGCGAGCUGCUGCUGCAGAGAAGCGUCUCCAGCAAGGUACGUCCACGCGCCGUACGCAGAGGCAAGAGAAAUCGAAAUCCGUCGAGCCCAUACACUGGCGAAGAAUCUUGGAGCACUUGGGCGAGGGCCUCUUCAACUGUGCUUACGAGCGCUCCAUGUAG